CGAUCGCUGAUCAACAACAUGUUAAGGAACUGGGCGCCUAUGCUCAAAACAACGUUUUUAGUAGUAAAAAGUGGGCCGAAACUGUGACACGGUGAAUACUGCCGGUUCGACGAAAGCGACUAAGUGAAACCGUACAAAAGAAAGCAACAAAUCAAAUUUAAAGGAAUACAUAAAAUACUUUCAUUCAUAGUUCUGUUGCCUCGCACAACGAACGCAAUAAAAAUCUGCUAAAUACCAUAUAAACAUACAAAUACAUAUGCAGAACAUUGUCGAGAGUUGUGAAAUGAAAUGAGCAUAUACACGUAUAUAUUCAUAUACUUAUACAUACAUACAUACUAUAGUAAUAACAACAUUUCUAUUACAUCUCUAGAACUACGAAAAAAUACGGACAAAAUCACUUUAGCCUGCACAAACAGUUUGCCGGUCAAUAAGCACAAAAAGCAUCGACUUGCAUGUGUGUGUAUGAGUAGGAAAAAUGUGUACCUGCAUUUAAAGGCGGCAAGUUUAUGUUAAACAAUCGCGAUCGCCUCACCUGCCCAGCCCCAGUGUGAAUGAAUACUUAUAAACAUUGAAUUUAUUCACUCAUCUCGGUUUGCGGAUUUUCGUUUGCGGUUUUCGUUGUGGUUUGUUUUUGUGGUUUUCGGCUCUGUUCAUAUUAAUUUAACGGUAAUGACAACACGCGGUAUUCGUCGCAAGAAAUCGACUUUGACAGAAUUAAAAAUCGCUGUCGUUGGAUCGCCCAGUGUGGGCAAAAGUGCUUUAAUUGUGCGUUUCCUCACCAAACGUUAUAUUGGCGAAUAUGAUCAUCAAACAGAAAAUCGAUACAAGCAUGAAGCGAUGGUGGAGGGGGAGCCGGUACUGUUCGAAUUACUAGACACAUGCCCCAAGGCUAAUGAUGAGUUUCCCAAUGCCGCUGAGUUGGUGCAAUGGGCCGACGGCCUUCUACUCGUCUACUCGAUCACCGACCGCAGCUCGUUUAAUUACAUACGACGCGCCAAGUCAGACCUACAAUCCGAUACACCAGUGCAAUUAGUGGCCAAUAAAGUGGAUAUGGUGCAUUUGCGUCAAGUUAGUCGGGAUGAGGGUGAAAUUCUCGCCAAAGACUUUGAAUGCAAAUUUAGCGAGGUCUCAGCGGCGGAUCAUGUCGAUCAGGUGGCCGAAGUGUUCCACGAACUGUGCAAGGAGGUGCUGGCGUCGAAGCGAAAGUCGAAACAGAGCCUUUUAGAGCGAAUGUUGGGCGGCGCACGACCCUACAGUCGAGGGAAGAGUGACAGUAAUCUGCCGAAGGACUGAUAACAACUGCAAACAGCUUAGCGGCGUCUUGAAAGCAGAGUGAGAGCAGCCCAACAUACUAAAUGUUGCUGUGAAACGCACUUAUGAUGCAGCUUCACGGUUUAAGCGUCUCGGCUAUUCAGUCGACGUUUGUAGGAUUUAGCGAAAUUUUAAUAAUUAAAAAAAAUGUUUUAACCUAUUUUUUUAUGUAGCGUAUAACUUAAACGAACUUUAUUUAAUACAAUUUCCAAUGCACGAAUUUUUGUAAUUAAAAUUAGCUUUAAAAUAAAAUAUAAACAACAUAUUUGGUAAGCAAA